AUGCAAUUCCGCUGGCCUUACCCAAUAGCGCCUGGCGCGGGCGUCUGGGGCGCACCCACUUCGAAUCACAACUUUUGUGAAGAAGACUACAACGUCACGCCCUACAUCGGUGAAUUUGUGAACACAAUCACAAACUCAAUCUAUGUCAUCUACGGCCUCCAUGGUCUCCGCAGGGUGCGGCCGCGCAAAGAUGGAGGGCUUUGGUCGACCCUAGCUAUGCCGUACUGGGGGCUUAUCGGCGUUGGGCUGCUUUCAAUGUGGUUCCAUGCCACGCUCAAGUACCACAGCCAGAUGGGUGACGAUCUUUCCAUGUUCCUCGCUGUCGGUGCAUUGCUGCACCAGUUGCUCUGCUUCGAAGCCACACCAGCUCAGAGAAGGAACUAUUCCCUCGCCAUGCUUGGCGUGCUGAUUCCCGUAUCAACAUACCACGUCGUGGCCGAUGAGAUCUAUGUACAUGAGAUUGUCUUCGGAGUCAUGGUCCUCAUGGUAGUCAGAAAGACACGAAAACUGAUCCGCGAGAGAGUGAAGAAUGAACAACACAAGAAGUGUAUGGGACAGCUGGCCUCGUUCGGAGUCGCGAACUUCCUGUUUGGAUACUUUCUCUGGAGCAUUGAUUUCCACCUCUGCAGCUAUGUCACCAAGGUGAAGCACUACGUUGGACUUCCCUGGGGAUUCGUUUUCGAGCUGCAUGGCUGGUGGCAUAUAUUCACAGGCAUUGGCGCGUACAUCGGGAUGGCUCUUACAGAGUACCUCGUCACCAUCGAGGAAGAGCAGACUGGCCGUGUCGAGGAGGGAUUCGUCUGGCCGGUGAAGGCUGUCUUGAAGGACCUUGAUGCGGCUGGACGUGUUAAGAAAGACCGGUAG